AUGUUCUACAUGCAUUUGCUGAUCAACAAGCGCGGGCCGUUGGCCAAAAUAUGGCUUGCUGCCCACUGGCAGAAGAAGCUCACCAAAGCUCAUAUAUUUGAGUGCAAUUUAGAGACUACCGUUGAAAAGAUCAUCUCUCCAAAGUUUACAAUAGCUCUGCGAACCUCUGGACACUUACUCCUAGGAGUGGUGCGGAUUUACCACAGAAAAGCAAAGUACCUCUUGGCAGACUGUAGUGAAGCUUUGACAAAAAUGAAGACAGCCUUUCGCCCAGGACUUGUUGACCUUCCAGAAGAGAACUUUGAGGCUGCUUAUCAGACCAUUACAUUACCUGAAGAAUUUCAUGAUUUUGAAAUGCCACUACCUGAUUUAAAUGCCAUUGAUGUUGCUGAACAUUUUACCUUGAAUCAGAGCAGAGCUGAAGACAUCACACUUACAGAGGAUUACGAAAGCAAUAUACUUCUCUGUGAUAGAAACUUUGAUGAAGAACCAGAUGCACUAAGAAGACAGAGCUUCUUUGAUGGCAGCAUCUUAACAAGCAGUAACAGUCUUGUGGCUGAUCACAACUCUGCGAGCGUGAAUGGAGACAAGUCUGCACUGCGUGAAGAUACUUACUGUUUUGAGCAUGACUGUUUUGGAGAUGAGGAGGAUGCUGCAGAUAUGAUUGAAAUCCUGUUGAGGGAUGAGCAAAAUGACCUAGAAAAAGACAUUCUCGAUAUGGAGGAAGAACGUCCUUUGUCACAAGAUCUGCCAGAGAACAGCACAGCCAUUGAGUCCAACUGUGCAGACGCCACCAUUGAGGAAGUCAGUCAUCUAAGGAAUGAAACAAUACUUUUGUUGAAUGAAGAAGAAGGAUUUGUGCUUGAGCCAGUUGAUGAUACAGCUGUCACCCAGAGGAAAAAAAAGAAAAGAAAGAGGAAAUUGCUUGUGGAUGUAGAGAAAGAACUCAGCUGCAACACUAUAUACAACCAACUUAAAAACUGCGCAGACAUCCUUGCUACGUUAGACCUUGCACCCCCAACAAAAAAAACAAUGAUGUGGAAGAAAUCAGGAGGUGUGGAUAAACUCCUGUUCCAUGCCACACAGCCUGUGGUUCAUGCUGAGCUGCAAAUGUUGUUUGCAAAAUGCUUCAAGAGUCACAGAUUUAAGAUGAGAAGAAAUGGAAUACAGAGGGAAUCUGAAACGGAAGAAACAAGAAAAGAACAAGAUACCACAGAGAUGCUGAUAGUAGAAGAGUCAAGUUACCUGCAGGAGUCAGCUCAUUCAGAGACUGAGAGAAAAAUUAGAAAUGAUUUGUUUAUGUUGACAUCACAGAAUAACAGAAAUGAAACUGAUGAUAACUGCGGUGAAACUAUACAGGACGGAAUGGCUUUCUCUGAGAGCUCCUCACUGGAGACCAAUUCACCGGGCCACAAAGCUGAAACACAGCAAGCUGAGUUAACAAAUGAACUAAAAAGGAACACGAAAGACAGUGAAGAAAUAAGGUGGAACAAAAGAACUCUUCAGUUAUUAAAAACUUUACAGCACCUGAAGAGAUCAGGCGUGCAUUCUUUUAGUUUUCGGGAGCUCUGUCGGAAAAACAACCGGAAAGAAGCUGUGGCCAAGUUUUACAUCCUUCUUGUUCUGAAGAAGCAGUCAGCUGUUGAGCUCAGUCAGAGUGCUCCCUUUGCUGACAUUACAGCCACCCUUGGCCCAAUGUUCAAUGCUCCCUGA